AUGGCUGACAGAAAGAAGCGCCGCAGGGAACUCGACAGUCUCAAGGAAAACCACGGCACGCUCUUCCGACGGUCCUCGCCGCACGCUGGCUCGGUCGAAUCCCAAGGCAACCACCACAUUCGCAUCGACGGCGGCCACGGCCACGGCCACGGCCACGGCGGCGGCGGCGGCAGCACAGGCAGCCCCGGCAGCAAAAGCGCCGGCAUGUCGCAACGCAACCGCAGCGGCCGCGGCUCCAACAGGAGCAACGGCAACAAUGCGCACGGCGAGGAAGCCCAGAUAUGGGACUCUUGCAAGAACCAAAUGGGCGAGAUUGUGUCCGGCAUCAACGCCGAGAACGACAACCUGGCCGAGCUUGUCGACAUGGACAAAAGGGUCGGCUCCAUGGACCCAAACCGGAUCCCCGGCGACGCGCUCAAGCAGAUGGAGCAGCUGUGCCGGAACGGUGUUCGGCACUCGGAAGCCAACGUCGGCAGCAUCAAGGCCGUCAUGGAGCAGCUAAAGAUCAUGAGGGCCGUCAUUGUCGCCAAGGAGCAGGCCGAGGGCGGUCCGUUAGCAGCACCCACGGGCAAACGCAACGCUCGAGACAGCGUCGCAGCCGCCGCCAGCGCCGCGUCUCUCUACGAUUUCGACGGGGCAGGAGACUCGCCCGUCCCCAGCCCCAUUGGCAAUUCAUCCAGAAAGUACGGCGACCGCUUGAGCACCCGGGACCGGGACCGGGACAGGGACAGAGACAGAGACAGUAAUAGGGAUAGCAUACCCCCAAAGGCGGAGAGCGUCGAGCCUCAAGGAGGGUCCGCCGGUACCAACGGGGGCGGCAGCGCCGGCGCUGGUAGUUUUGCAUCCGCGGGCGGGGCCGCAUCGGCCGUUCCCACUGCCGCCGCCUCGGCCUUGGCAGCCGCCUCGGCAGCAGCGGCGGUGGCGGUGGCUGCAAACAGCAACAAGUCCAAGGUCGUCUUCUCCAAGGGAGAUGCCGUGGCAUUCAAGCCCAAGGCUGGCGGAGAAGGGGUGUCGGACUGGAUCCUGGGCGAGGUGGCCCAGGUGCUGGGAGAAGGAAAGAGCCGGCGCUACAAGGUGCUGGACAUUGAGCCGGACGACCAGAGCAAGCAAAAGGAGUACCGGACGAGCGCGAGCAGCAUGAUCCCCAUCACUCCGGAGAGCCAGGCGAGCACGCUGAAGGGCUGGGAAGCCGGGCAGGUGGUCCUGGCGCUGUAUCCAAACACGACGACGUUUUACAAGGCCGAAGUCCAUAGUAUGGACGGCCAGGGCCGCGUAGAUCUCAAGUUUGAGGGGGAAAACGACUCAUCGACGCUGCAGCAAGUGGAGAGGCGGUUUGUGAUUGAGUACCGGGCGUGA